GUCAAGUGUUUUCUUCUCUUCGUUUUUACCUAAUUCAAUUCAUCAUGUUUCACCAAGAGUUAUGUACCCGGAAUAUUCCAGAAAAUUUUAAUGACUUGGAAUGACUAUAAGAAGUGCAUUUUUGGCUCUUCCUUCAGUUCGAAGACGUCGGUGCACAGAGAGGGUUGCAGAGUAUUCGAAGAUAGUGUAGUGUAGUGAACGUAAACGAGAAACAGUAAACAGUAGAAUAUUUUUGUGUGCAUAUGAGAACGACAGAAGAUUCAAAAAUGCCUCUGUACGACAAGGAAGCUGAUCCACUUCAUGAAGCAUGUGUUAAUGGCACGCUCGAAUCAGUCAAGAAAAUGCUGCGUAAAAAAAAAUUUCGCGUUGACUGUCAGGCAAAUAGUUACCCUUACAUAACUCCUUUGGGGUUAGUCACGUCAAAAUUAUACUCUUUUGAGGUAAAGUACUACCAGGAGCCUGUACUUGUAUCUGAUUAUGAAGAAAAAAUCAAAUUUCUUUUGAAACGAGGUGCAAAUUACAAGGAGUUUAUAAAACCGUACGGAUUCAGGACUGACGUUGCUGAAGUAAUAUUAAGAGAAGGAAGUAAAAAUAUGUUCAAUUUGAUGGUGCAUUACCUUAGAGACAUCAACAUGCAGCACGGAAUCUCUACAGAUACAGCACUUCAUAUAGCUAUAGAAAGAGGGUUUUACAAAACAACUAAAAAAAUAUUAUCAAUGAAUAAGAUCGAUGUCAAUAGACGGAAUUCCGAAUAUAGAGAAACACCAAUUCUUCGCGCUGCAUAUAAUCACAGGUUGAAAUUCCUAAAUUUACUGAUCAAGCAUGGGGGAAACAUGGAAAUUCCAGAUGCGGAGGGCAGAACUCCUCUACAUUGUGCUUGUUACGGUGUACAUAAUAAAGACUCAAAAAAAACCAUCGAGAAAUGUAUGGAAUAUAACUCUAUAUAUUCUAGAACCACCCAUAAAGGUUACACUCCUAUGCAUACAUUAAUCUCUCAGUCAAAAGAUACAACAGAGGAGGCUGCAGAAGUGGUGGAGCUUUUCCUUGAUAGAGGAUUCGAUUUGGAAACCAAGGAUUAUCGCGGACGCACACCACUUCUUCUGAGCUUGAAAAAAAAUAUUGAGCCAAUGGCUUUAUUACUUCUAAGGCACGGUGCUCACCUUGAGGUAACUGAAGAUGACGCUAUUUAUUUUCUGUUACCUCAUAUUGUAACCAAAGAAGAAUUGGACGAAAUGAGCAGGACUAUCCUGAAAUUUAUCGCCUUGGAAGUUUCAAAGGGGGCUGCAAUGCACAGAAGUCUAGGGGAAAUCUUGAGCGAACGAGAGGACGCAAGGAUUUACUUGAAAACGUGUUAUGAAGAAAUUGAGAUUCUCAAAUCUAGCAAAUUUGAGGAUACAUACGUAACAUAUUGGAAUCUUCUGACUAAAGGUAUUAAAAAAGUAGCAAUGUACGCCGAUAACUACUUUAUCGCUGAAGAAAUGAAGAAAUUUGAAGUGAGCACAUAUCCAAUUUACGGCCCAGAUAUUCAUUUUAAGUAUGCGAAAGGACAAAUGAGGUUGGAAUUGAGGAAUGCAUGUGCAGACAAUUUAAACCGAAUGUGUGAAUGGAAAUUACCAAGAGUUUUCCUCAAUAUGGUGAUUGAUCGUCUCACAAUUCCUGAUAUGGAGAAUGUAAAAAAAUGCUAGGCACUAUAAAAUUAAUUUGUAAAUAAUGUACAGAUUUUUGUAAAUAUUCUUAUAUACUAGUUCUUAUAUGUACUCAUUAUAUGAUAAAAAUGAAAUAAAUGUUUAAAUUUUA